UUUACCAUCGCAGAUUGUCUCAGUAUUUACCUAGACUAACACUGACUGCACCAAUAGUGGAAGGAAAGCUGGGAGCUGGGAUUUACAACAGCUGGAGGACCACGGGGUGGAGACCGCGCUCCAACAGCAACAUAAGCACCACACAUAGUUCCCACCCAGCUUUGCCAGGAAUGAGUGGAUGGUAUUGAAGAACUGGAUGUCUGUCACCGAUCUCUCCCAGGACAAUAAUAGUGAAACUAAUAAAUGCAAGAGACGGGGACAUCAUUUUGAGAGCAUCAGGGGAACCGUGUGUGAUGUCCAAUAAUAAUAAAAUAUUUCCCUAUUAUGCAGUGGAAACAAAAAAAAAAACAACGUUGUUUAAAAAUUUUAAGAAAAUCUUUUACUGGAUCGGAACGGGGUGAAGUUCUCUCUGCAAAAAUCUGAAUCCUCUGUAAUGAAAAAACUAUUUUUUAUUUUUUUUCUUAGCCCCGAGGAGACAAGUUGGAUGGAUAGUCAGGGUCUAAAGGAGUGGUAGGAAGUGAUGUAAGAUUAUCUGUCAUGAGCUGGAUACAAAUUAUAAUCCCCCCCAUGACGAUAAACCACCCCCGGCCUUUAUUUUUAUCGUUUUUUUAUUUUUUUACCUUGAUAUUGCUCUGUAUUUUCUGCUCAGUUUCAGUGAGCUCCACAGACUGAGAAGGGGCGUUCCCCAGCAGUUGUGACAUCAUCUGAAGCCAUACAGGGGAGAACUUCCUCCCUCACUCUGCUACACACAGAAUCUCACUUGGGGGAAUUUUUUUUAAUUCAUUUGGGGAACGGCCUCUGAUUUAAUGGUCUUUCUCUUAUGAGGAGACCUGGACUAUAAAGAAUUCUUUCUCAGGGGCCCUGUUACAGUUUUUGCACUGGGGCCCCUGAAGAUGAUUUGGCCCCCUGGUCUGCACUGGAGAGUUGGACAAAUAUUUCAACAUAUGAUCUGAAAUUAUUCCCAAUCUUGACUCUGGGGACUGAAAUCUCCACACCCCUAACCAGUCGGGGCGGUUACAUUGUUUGCUACUUAGCUACAAAAACAAGAACAACAAUGACCUGGAGUUUCACAUUGUCGUCCAUCAUUACCAUAUGAAUAGUCCUGAAUAGACUCCUCCAGACCGACCAAUCACAGAGAAGUCCAUGUGUAAUAAGGUUAUUAUGGGUAAACUCCACCAGACACCAUAGAUGGAGAGCGACCAAUCACCAACAUCUGCACAACCACCACACAACACAUAUAAAGAUGGCGGAGAGGACAGGAGGGCGAUCACCCAAUACACAGAGCCCAGCAGGACCGGAGCUUCUUAUCCACCACUGACCGGGACACUGAGAACUCCCAUCAUCCUAUAGAGGUCACGUGUGUUUUUUUACAUGAUCGAUCAUAACUGAUCUAUAACUAUUGGACAGAUACACAAAACCACUCGGCUGAUAUUCCCUGAUACUGAGGUCCACACUACAGGAGAACGUGUCCUACAUUCAGCAUUCUUCUUCUGAUAUGGAUCCACAGAAAGUCCGCGCUAUGCCGCCAGAGGACAUCUCCUCAGAAAGUGAUAACUCGGGUGAGGAGGAACAUGACUCCGAUGAUGGUGGACAGGUCACCUGCCCUGAAUGUGGGAAACAUUUUACUUCAAAAUCCUACCUAAAUAUUCAUCUUCGGCUCCACACGGGAGAGAAACCUUUUCAAUGUUCAGAAUGUGGAAAAAGAUUCACUCAGAAGCAACAUCUAAAGGCCCAUGAACGAACUCACACAGGAGAGAAGCCCUACGAGUGCGGAGAGUGCCCCAAAAGAUUUACAAACAAAUCACAACUUUCGCUACAUGAAAAAUGUCAUACUGGAGAGAAGCCCUAUUCAUGUUCUGAAUGUGGGAGGAGCUUCAAUAACAAACGCAGUCUUCAGACCCACCAAACCUUACACACGGGGGCAAAUUUAUUUCCGUGCUCUGAAUGUGGUAAAGGAUUCCCUACCAAGCCCCGACUACUGAAGCAUCAAAUUAUCCACACAGGAGAGAGAAACUUUAAAUGUUCUGAAUGUGGGAAACAAUUCAAAACUAUUUCAAAUCUUAACUGCCAUAAAACGAUUCACAUGGAAGUGAAACCCUUCAAGUGUUCUGAAUGUGGUAAAUGUUUUUCCAGAAAAUCCCAUCUUAAGAGUCAUCAGAAGGUUCAUGUUGGUGAAAAGCCAUUUGCUUGUAGUGAAUGCAAGAAGUGUUUUCAUAGUCGAUCAGACCUUACUCUCCAUGAAGAAACCCACACCAGUUUGGUAUCACAAUGUCCAAUGUGCAGUGAAAGCUUCGAGGACAAGUCUGAUUUCAUCCAGCACAAGAAGACUCAUGAAAAACUCUUUCCAUGUGAAGAAUGCGGGAAAGUGUUUAACCAUAAAAGUCAACUGGUGCAGCACAAGAGAAUUCACACAGGAGAGAAACCAUUUCAGUGUAAAACCUGCGGUAAAGUCUUCACCCAAAAAAUCGCCAUGAUCUUACAUGAGCAACGACUGCAUAGUAGUGGAGCCAAAGAGUUUAAAUGUGAAGAAUGUGGUAAAAGUUUUGUACUUAAGAGUGAACUUGAGAAACACGAAUUGGUCCAUACGGGCGAGAGGCCAUUUUCUUGCUCCGAAUGUGGCAAGUCUUUCAGAACCAAGAUACGUCUGCUUGUCCACGAGAGGGUCCACACUGGAGAAAAGCCGUAUUCGUGCGAGGAAUGUGGGAAAUGUUUCACAGAUUAUGACAAUUUGUUUAGACACAAGAAAAUUCAUUCUGGAGUAAAGAAGUUUGUGUGUUCUGAGUGUGGGAAGGCCUUUCUCCGCAACACCCAACUUGUUUCCCAUCAGAGAUCUCACACUGGAGAGAAGCCUUACAGCUGUACCGAGUGUGACAAGAGAUUUAAGGAUAGAGGUUCUCUCAAGACCCAUCAGAAGUUUCACACAGGGGAGAAACCUUUUGCUUGUCCUAAAUGUGAGAAACGGUAUAGUGUGAACUCUGAGCUUUCGAAACAUCUGAGGAUCCACGGGGAAUUACCUUUCCAGUGCACAGAAUGUGGGAAACGUUUUGUUGACAAAAAAAGCCUAGUUAUACAUCAACGAAGCCACACUGGGGAGAAACCAUAUGAAUGUGAGGAAUGUGGGAAAUGUUUCAGUUGUAAUUCAAAUCUUAUUUCUCACAAGAGAAUACAUACCGGAGAAAAGCCGUAUAAAUGUGAACCUUGUGGGAAAUCAUUUACGCAUGCCAGUGGAUUGAUCUCACACAAAAAAGUGCAUCAUUCCGAGGUGUAAAUUGCUUCCUCUUUAAAGGGGUACUCCAGUGUAAAACAAUUUUUUUCUUUUUUUUUAAAUCAACUGGUGCCAGAAAGUUAUUCAG